UAUCAACUUCUCAGCUUUCGUAUUUUAUCCCGUUUCCUUAUAUCUGCUACUUCCAUUUCUGUCAUAAUAACACAUAGCAAUGGAGUCAAGUUCAGAGGCUGCCCAAAGAAUUGCAAGAAUAUCUGCUCAUCUAUAUCCUCCCAAUUUCCAGAUGGAGGAAAGUCCAGCUUUGAAGAGAGUUGAUUGCAGGGCAAAAGGAGGAGCACCAGGGUUCAAGGUGGCUAUCUUGGGCGCGGCCGGAGGUAUCGGCCAACCUCUUGCAAUGCUUAUGAAGAUGAACCCGUUAGUCUCAGUUCUUCAUCUCUAUGAUGUUGUGAAUGCUCCUGGCGUCACGGCCGAUAUUAGCCAUAUGGACACUGGUGCUGUGGUUCGCGGUUUUCUUGGCCAGCAACAGCUUGAGAAUGCUCUUACAGGCAUGGACCUUGUAAUCAUACCUGCUGGUGUGCCAAGGAAGCCUGGGAUGACUAGGGAUGAUCUUUUCAAAAUUAAUGCUGGGAUUGUCAGGACUCUUGCUGAAGGAAUUGCCAAGUGCUGCCCCAGAGCAAUCGUCAAUUUGAUCAGCAAUCCUGUUAACUCCACAGUUCCUAUUGCUGCUGAGGUUUUCAAGAAGGCUGGGACUUAUGAUCCCAAGCGACUUCUUGGAGUUACGAUGCUUGAUGUCGUCAGAGCAAACACUUUUGUGGCUGAAGUUCUGGGACUUGAUCCUAGGGAUGUUGAUGUCCCGGUGGUUGGAGGUCAUGCAGGAGUUACAAUUUUACCACUUUUGUCGCAGGUUAAACCUCCCUGCAGCUUCACCCCAGAGGAAACUGAAUACCUGACUAAAAGAAUUCAAGAUGGUGGCACGGAGGUGGUUCAGGCAAAAGCUGGGGCUGGCUCUGCAACACUCUCAAUGGCGUAUGCAGCAGUGAAAUUUGCAGAUGCAUGUCUUCGUGGUUUGAGAGGAGACGCCGGAGUCAUUGAAUGUUCAUAUGUUGACUCUCAGGUGACGGAACUUCCUUUCUUUGCAACCAAGGUACGACUUGGCCGUAAUGGAGCUGAGGAAGUCUAUCAACUUGGUCCUUUGAAUGAGUAUGAAAGGAUCGGGUUGGAGAAGGCGAAAAAGGAGUUGGAAGCAAGCAUUGAGAAGGGAGUUUCGUUUAUUAGGAAGUAGUAGGUCCUCCAUAUUGAGGAAAAGAGUAUUAUGUAAAUGUAAUAAGUAUAAUGUAUUAGUAUUUUGUUUCAUAAAUGUUCAAUCAACCCUCUUGUAUCCAUACUCUUUUAUAAUGAACUUUCCUAUAAGUUUCAGCA